AUGGAGAUGAACUAUGAUGAAAAUACGCUCCACGAGUUGGAGAAUGAGCUCCACACUCAUAUAUAUCCCGGAACCGAGAUUAUGAGCGAUGUUGGAUCCCAUCACUUUGUCAAGUCGUCCGAUCGGUCUCAUCGAGUUCUGGUCCCUCAGCCAUCGGCAGACGAGCAUGAUCCUCUGAACUGGAACCGCUUCUGGAAAUUCUCCAGCGUCUCCAUGGUCAUCGUGGCCACAUUCGCACAAGGAUUCGGUCCUCUGGCUCUAGCGCCCAUGUUAGCCAACCUGAUCGAAGCGUUCAACACAGAUCUUGCAGGAGCCGUGCAGUUUACGGGUGUUUGCAUCCUCGUCUUGGGCUUCAGCAACUUUCUCUGGGUGCCCAUCCAAACCUCUUUCGGUCGACGACCCGUCCUUAUUUUCUCGACCUUGAUUUGCCUCGUCUCCAACAUCUGGAGAGCUGUGGCCAAAGACUAUCGGGGCUUCAUGGGUGCUUGUGUUCUUAAUGGCAUCGGUGCUGGGCCUGCAGAGACUUCUGCACCAACAGUCAUUGCUGAUGUGCUCUUUCUGCACGAACGAGGCGCAUACAACACUCUGUACUUCACUGUCUACUUCGGCAGCUUGAUGGUCGGACCGAUCAUCUCAGGCUCCAUGGCAGAGUACAGCAACUGGAGAAACUUCUGGUGGCUCAACGUGGGCCUCCACACCGCCGUUCUGAUCGGUCUCGUUUUCCUGUUCCCCGAGACCAAAUGGCACCGCCAGCAUCCGAACGAAAUGGUCGCCGAGCCGCAGAAGCAAGUCGCUUUCGAGGAGAAGAUCACCUCGAAUGCCAUCGAGGACCCGGAGAAGAACGUCGCGGCCGUGAACCCCACCGUGGUUGACCUGACGGCCGCUGCGACGGCUGAACGCGAUCCAUUCUUGCACUCGGGGACACCGUCCAAGAAACAGUUCAAGCUGUGGCAAAACAACGCGCAUCCAUUCCAGGCCAUUCUCAUGGAUCUCUGGGUCCCCUGGAAGCUUCACCUCUACCCGAUCAUCGAGUUCUCGGCGUUUGUCGUGUCGUGGUCCGCGUCGUCCUUCCUGACCAUCAACCUGACACAGUCCCAAAACUUCGCGGCGCCGCCUUACAACUUCCCACCCCAGAGCGUGGGCUACACCAACUUCGCCGUCCUGGCCGGGGCGUUGAUCGGCCUGCUCACCAACGGGCCUCUGAGUGACUGGAUUGCAGCGAGGGCGACGCGGAAAAAUAAGGGUAUUCGAGAGCCCGAGAUGAGGCUGCCGGCCAUGAUCCCUUAUGUGAUUAUCAUGCUCAUCAACAACUUCGUUGUGGCGUUCGGGUAUGAGUACAAGUGGGAUUGGCGGAUCAUCGUGCUCAUUGGCUAUACGUGCGCCGGCAUCCAAGUCGCUGCCAUCCCGGCCAUCGCCUCGACCUACAGCGUCGACUCGUACAAACCGGUGGCCGGCUCCAUCUUCGUCGCCAUUACGGUCAACAAGAACAUCUGGGGUUACGGACUCAGCAAGUUCAUCACGCCGUGGAUCAUCGCCGAUGGAUAUCUCCCGCCGAUCAUGUUGAACAUGUGUCUGAUCUUCCUGUGGUGCUCUUUUGGGAUUGUGUUUUACUUCUAUGGCAAGACGUUUAGGAAGUGGACCAGCAACAGUUCAGUUCACAAUAUUUAG